AUGCAGCUUGAGUUACAUUAUGCAGCUGAAACCAAUUCCCUUGAGCCUCCUCAUCAGUAUGUGCCCUGGGUAGUUGUGGAUGGACAGCCACUUUAUGAGGCUUGCAGCAAUAUAACGCUUAAUACAGUCUACAAGGAGAAGGCAGAGCCUACAGGUCCAGUUUGUAAUAAGGAGACAACAACAUGGUCUACACGAAUCAGAUCAGCGAUAACAUCAUGGAUGCGUAAGAUGAACAUGGCAGUUUCAAUGUAG